AUGGAGUCUUCUGCAGACAAUGCCGCGCGGAGUGGCGCAGUUUCCGUGUCCGUGGCGUUGCCGUCGGACUGGACUGUGAACGAAAGGCAGAUGUGCGAUCUUGAAAUGAUCAUGAGCGGCGCCUUUGCUCCGCUUGAGGGAUUUAUGAACCUUUCGGACUACCAAAGUGUGUUGAAUUCGAUGACUCUGUGCAACGGCGAAGUCUUUCCGCUGCCCGUGGUGCUCCUCGCGAUCCCGAAGGCUUGCUGCGGCGACAACGCCGCCACCAACGUUUACUGGAUGAGUUCCGCCUCCUCCGUCAGCACCAACCAAGGCCGCAUGCUUCUGCGGGACUCCGUGGGAACGGUGAUAGCGGAGUUGGUUGUGGAGAGCGUGUACUUGCCGGACUUGGAGGAGGAAAUGGAGAAGGUGUUGGGAACUCGAGACCCGAACCACCCCUACGUGAAGUACCUGCGGGAGAGCCACGCGGAGUGCUACUACGUGGGCGGCCGCGUGCGGGCAGUUAACCCCAUCGCUCACUUCAACUUCGAGGACUACCGAAUGAGUCCGCGGCUGUGCAGGGAGAAGAUCCGCGAGCGACGCUUCGAAGUGGUGGUGGGCUUUCAAACGCGCAAUCCGCUGCACCGCAGCCACUACGAGCUCGAGUUGCGCGCGCUGCAGCAAGCUGCUGCUGCUGCUGCGCUGCGGCCGCUGCUGCUGCUGUCGCCCGUCGUCGGGCCCACGCAGCCCGGAGACGUGCCUUACUACUUGCGGGCGCGUUGCUACGAGCACAUAAUUCAAAAAUUCGAACAAGACCCUUCUUGUCAGUUUCCCCACCUCUGCGCCACCUCCGCCAGCACUCCUGCGCGCAGCCCGCCGCAGCAGCAGCAGCAGCAGCAGCAGCAGCAGCGCAGCAGCAGCAGCAGCAGCAGCAGCAACGCCAUGCUGGUCUUCAUUCCACUCGCCAUGCGCAUGGCCGGGCCCCGCGAGUGCGUCUUGCAUGCGCGCAUUCGCAAAAACUACGGCUGCACCCACUUCAUCCACUCCGUUUUACGGGCCUUACGACGCGCACAAACUGCUGGCCUCGGUGGCCGCGCAGCUGGGGAUAACUCCGAUCUUCGGAGAAGAAAUGGUGUACGUGGGGGAGCAGCACGGCGGGUACGUUCCUGCGGGGCAGCUGGCGGAGCUGCAGCAGCAGCAGCAGCAGCAGCAGCAGCAGCAGCUGCAGGUGCACUCCAUCUCGGGCACGGAGUUCCGCAGACGCCUCACCGCCCGCCUCCCCAUCCCCGAGUGGUUCUCUUUUCCCGAAGAAAAAGCACUUUGGCAAAUGCGUUGGAGGCGGCGAUCCUCGAAAACCGCAGCGAGCGGCGCAACGUGACUUUGCUGGACGCCGACGUCGUGCGGCAGCACCUGUCGAAGGGGCUGGGGUUCAGCCGGGAAGACCGCAGGAAAUUUCCCGCGCGCGCGCUCACGCGCGUUCGGGUGUACGUACACCUGCGCUGCAGCACCAACGUGCGCCGCAUUGGAUACAUCGCCAGUGAAAUUACGAAGCACGGCGGCAUUUGCAUAGUCGCCAACAUUGCGCCUUACACUUGCGACCGCGAGUUCAACAGAAAGCUAAUCGAAAAGGAAGGAGGUCUGUUUUCCUGCUGCUCCUGCUGCUCUUUUGCUGCUGCUGCUGCUGCUGUUUUGCUGCUGCUACUGCUGCUGCUACUGCUGCUGCUGCUGCUGCUGCUGCUGCUGCUCUUUUGCUGCUGCUGCUGCUGUUGCUGCUCUUCUGCUGCUGCUGCUGCUGCUGCUGCGCUGCUGCUGCUGCUGCAGCGCCGCGGCUUGCGCGCGUGUGCUGCUGCAGGCGUGUACGUGGAGGUGUACGUGUGCACUCCCCUUGCCGUCUGCGAAGAGCGAGACAUAAAGCACUUGUACAAAAAAGCCCGCCAAGGAAUUAUCAAACAAUUCACCGGAGUCUCCGACCCCUACGAGGCCCCGCAGCAGCCGGAGUUGACUGUGGACAGCAGCUCCGACAUCAAAGCCAAAGUCGCGCAAGUCCACCAGUACCUCAAGGACAAGGGCUACGUCUUGGACUCCGCAGCCCCCUCCAAGUGCUGCUGA